GCCACUACCAAUCCUAAGGCAGCAAAAUAAGGCGUGGGAUUAGACGCAACAGCAAUCAAUCCUACAAUCAAAGCUAUCAAUAGUAAAAACACGAAAUAGGUCAUAAUUCCCGCUCAGACUUUAACCGAGACCAGUGACUUGAAGAAACACCGUUGUCAUUCAACUACAGGAACAAUAAUGGCAAGCCUACGAAAAACCCACCCGCUAAUAAAAAUCGCUAACGAUGCACUAGUUGACCUUCCAACCCCAUCUAAUAUUUCAGCACUAUGGAACUUCGGAUCCCUCCUAGGAUUAUGCUUAAUUACUCAAAUCCUGACAGGACUAUUCCUGGCCAUACAUUAUACUUCCGAUAUCUCAACGGCCUUUUCAUCAGUAACACAUAUCUGCCGAGACGUAAACUAUGGCUGACUCAUCCGAAACAUACAUGCUAACGGAGCAUCGUUCUUCUUUAUCUGUAUUUACAUACACAUUGCCCGCGGACUGUACUAUGGGUCAUACCUCUAUAAAGAGACCUGAAGUAUUGGCGUAGUUCUACUCCUUUUAGUUAUGAUGACGGCUUUUGUAGGCUAUGUACUGCCCUGAGGGCAAAUAUCUUUUUGAGGUGCCACCGUAAUUACAAAUCUACUAUCAGCAGUCCCCUAUAUGGGCGACGCCCUUGUCCAGUGGAUUUGAGGCGGCUUUUCCGUAGAUAACGCAACAUUAACGCGAUUCUUCGCCUUCCACUUCCUAUUUCCAUUCGUUAUCGCCGGUGCAACAGUCCUACAUUUGCUAUUUUUACACGAAACGGGAUCAAACAACCCUGCCGGAUUAAACUCCGACGCGGAUAAAAUCUCUUUCCACCCAUACUUCUCAUACAAGGACCUCCUUGGCUUUGUAUUAAUAUUAUUAGCUCUCACAUCCCUAACAUUAUUCUCCCCAACACUGCUCGGCGACCCAGAAAAUUUUACCCCAGCAAACCCUCUGGUCACCCCACCGCACAUCCAACCGGAGUGGUACUUCCUGUUCGCCUACGCCAUUCUACGAUCUAUUCCAAACAAGCUAGGAGGGGUCCUAGCACUAUUAUUUAGCAUCCUAGUACUAUUAGUAGUGCCAAUUUUACACACCUCAAAGCAACGAGGACUAACUUUCCGUCCAAUCACCCAAUUCUUAUUCUGAACCUUAGUGGCGGACAUAAUCAUUUUAACAUGAAUUGGAGGCAUACCCGUAGAACACCCAUA